AUGACUGACUUUCGGCCACCGAAAGACGCACAUAUAUGGUUCAGAGUCAGAACGAUAGGUUGCGCCCUCCGCUUGACCCCAACUAAGGUCUCAUCUUUCCUCGGAAGAAGGAAGAACCACGAAGCGCACCACAGCGCCGCCCACUGUAGCUCGGGAAGUGAUGAGCCACUGGCGAAUAAUCUCAACUGUGGAUUCUGGAGACUUCAGCGGCAGAAUGCAAACAAAUGGUACAGUUUGCACCCUUGUGAUAUUACCCAGGGACCGAGUUUUCCUGUCCCCUACUAUGGGUUCUUGAAUCUCGGUAUGCAAGGACUUUCUGCCCCGGCCGCCGACGAGGAAGACGACGACGAAGAGGACGAUGAUGAUGAUGAUGAGGAGGAGGAGGCCCCCGCGGGCCGCAAGUCCCUCGAGGACCUGCUGGCCCAAUUCCUCGUUGGGCGUCGCGUUGUUGCCCCCGCCCCCACCGUCCGCCCCCCCGCCGAGGACGUGGCCUGGUGGCUCGAGGCCUCCGCCGAUAGCCAGGACGCUCUGGCGGUUGCUUUCCGGGCCGCGGCCGCGGCCGCCGACGCCGCAGUGGCAGCCGCCGAGGCCCAGGCCGACGCCGCCCGCCAGCUUGUGAGUAUUACCGCGCACCGACGUCCGACGGCCGCUUACGACGACAAUAUCGCUCAGGAAGAUGUUGAUAAUGAAGUAUCACCACCCCCUCCCACUCCGUUGAUGGGUGAUGGUCACACCAACGGCGCACCCGAGGAGAAGCAUGAUGACGACUACCGCCAGGUUUGGGAUAAGGUCUCGUCCACCCACAUAUGCUAUGAUCUGAAGGACCAAUAUUUAUCAUUCAAGCUACAUACAACCUUUUCCAAGCCCACUUCAGCCAACGGGCAAUGUACAGUAUAAGCAUGCCGGUAAAGACAAGACUUGUGAUUAGAUAGGAUGGCAGCCUCCAAAGUGGACGCAACUAGCUUUACGGUGCGUUGAUGCUAGUAUGGCGUGCCAGGGGAGCGCCUCGGGGACGCCUUUGCGAAAAACAAAUUCCGGGUCUUGCCGGCCGAACAGGGCCCAAGGAUGCCACUACAGAU